CCUCCAUUUAUGAUUCUUGCCUGAGCCUCGUAUUGCGCAUAAGAUAAAUGUCUACUGUUGCUUUUCUAAUUCCUACUGGAUUUAGACUGGAAGCUAGACCUUUACCCUCUCCCUUAUCUACCCAUCUCUUAUCCAUUCCUUUGUGUGUUUGCUCACGUCAGUAAGAUUCCUGGGUUCCUAUUUUGCUCAGAGACUUGCCAUCCACUACGGCCAUUGUGCAUUGAUGCCCAUUUUGUCCCCAAGGUGGAAGCCCUCCCAGUUGGCCACUGUGUGCAUUUGACACCUCCCAGCAGUGCUUUAAAUGGUGGGCUGCUAGCUGAAAGGGGGUUCUGCUCCAGGAGGAGGUCUCUGCGGGGGACCCUUGCUGUGUGAGGACAGCCUGGCACAGGUGAAUGAGGUCUGCCUGUGGGUCUCGUGGACAGCUUGUCAAAAUCAGAAGCAAGGAAGGAGGAUAACAUUGCACCGGAUCAGUGCAGGUUCAACUCCAGUGAUAUGCUUGGUGGCCUUGGCGUGGUAGAAGAUCCUCACUCUCAACUGCCCUGCACCCAGGAACCAUCAUCUUCUCCCACCUCAGUGUACUUCUGCCCUGUCUGUCUGUCUCAUUAACAGCAGCUGUGUGUCUGGAUAGGGGUGAUCUGCCCCUGUUGAACUGACAUUUGACUCUUCACUCUUGCCCUCAAGGUUGUAGCUUGGCUCUGUCAAAGAGUGUUUAAGACACCGACCUGGGACACGUUGAGUACCAAAGUCAAUACUGAAUAGGGUUCUCUAACUAGAUUACAGCCAUGGCGGAGAGUAAGACUAGGGCUCAGAAUAGAAUGAGAAAAGGGUCUAGGAAGGAGGGUAGUGGCCUAGGCAGGUCUGCAGCCAAGCAUCAGGCCAAGGCACGAUUUGAGACAGAUGCAGCAGUCGGGGCUGGGAUGCAAACAGUGUCUAAGAAUAAAGUUGCUAAGAAGAAAGGAAGAGGCUCGUAUAAAAAUCAGGUGGUUACUAACCAGAAGAAAGGCUCUCUGCCUCAGAAUCAGGUGGUUGCUCAGCAGAAGGAAGGUGCUGUGCCUAAGAAUCAGGCGGUUGCUCAGCAGAAGGAUGGCGCUGUGCCCAAGUAUCACAUGGUCGCUCAGCAGAAGGAAGGUGCUCUGCCUAAGAAUCAGGUGGUUGCCCAGCAGAAGGAAGGCGCUGUGCCCAAGAAUCACAUGGUCGCUCAGCAGAAGGAAGGUGCUGUGCCUAAGUAUCAAGUAGUUGAUCAGCAGAAGGAAGGUGCUGUGCCCAAGUAUCACAUGGUCGCUCAGCAGAACGAAGGUGCUGUGCCUAAGAAUCAGGUGGUUGAUCAGCAGAAGGAAGGUGCUGUGCCCAAGUAUCACAUGGUCGCUCAGCAGAACGAAGGCACUGUCCCUAAGUAUCAGGUGGUUGAUCAGCAGAAGGAAGGUGCUGUGCCUAAGAAUCAGGUGUUUGCUCAGCAGAAGGAAGGUGCUGUGCCCAAGUAUCACAUGGUCGCUCAGCAGAAGGAAGGUGCUGUCCCUAAGAAUCCAGUGGCUGGCCCGUCUAGGAAUAAGGUAGUUACUGAACAUGAAAGAGCCUUCUCAGAGCUGAAGGCUAUGGGGAUAGGCGCGCCUAAGCCUAGGCCUAAAUGCAGUGCCAGGUGUAUGCACGACAGGAUUCCAGACAUUCAUUCCUUUCGUGACGAGGAGGCCCUUCUGAUGUCCUUUCUUGCUGCUGUGGCUAGAGCCAGUGUUGUAGCCAGGAGUGCCCCCCAAGAAAAGACUGACAGCGAUGCCUGGUUCUGGUCUGGGGAAGAGCCCAGUAUUGGUGCCUGGUUCUGGGGAGAGGAAGAGGCUGAUGGGGGGUCCAGUUCUAGGAACGAAGAUGAAGCUGUUCAUGGGGCGUCCGCCUCUGUGGCGGAGUUGGGUAUGGAGUCUGCUGCUGGGGCUGACUGCCCACCUAGGACAGAGGCAGAGGAGGAGGACGCCAUUUUUGGAAGCUGGUUUUGGGAUGGAGACGAGACUAGUUUUGACCCUAAUCCUAGACCCGUGUACAGGAUAAUUAAGCCGCAGGCUGAGGAUGAAUUUGAUUGGCUUAGGGAUUGGGACCCUUCUGCCAUCCCAGCACUGUUGGCAUUCGCAUCCCAGCUGCUCAUGAGCACAAGGCCUCCGUCAUACAUUGCCCUGUCCUCAGAGAGGAAAAAACCACGAACUUUGCCUGCAGAAGAAGUCAGCCUUUGUCAGGGCACUAACAUAUGCCUGCAGUCUAUUCAGGAGUACCCACUUGAUUCUGAGAUUUGCACUCAGACCAUAGAGGAGAUCAGGCGCGAACUGAGGAUCAGGAAGUUGAAUGGCAUUAAGCCGUUUUCUUGCCCUUGCAAAAUGGAAUGCUGCGUGGAUGCUGAGGAAUUUGAAAGGCUCAUUAGCUUGCUUCAGUCGAAUGCUGAUCCCCUCAUUCAUAAAAUCGCUCAAAUUGCGAUGGGUGUCAUCAAAGUUAAUCCAUUUGUCCAGCAGCUCGUUAAUGAAAUGGGGGUGCUGACUGUGAUUGAAAGCUUCCUGGAUUUUCAGACCCCUGACGUAACCAAAAAGGCUGAAAUUACCCUGAAUCCCAUUUCUGUGGAGGAAAGGCAGCGCAUGAUUGAAUUGCACGUUGUGCACAUGUGUAAGGAAGCGGUGUCUUUCCCCUUGAACUCCCCAGGGCAGCGGUCUGCGUUGAAGGAAUUGGGGCAGCUUACUACUGACUCUGACCUUCACUACAUUGUCACUAUUUACCUUACCGACCUUUUCAAUACACUGGCCCAGGGAAACCGUAAAACCAGGAAUAUCGUUUUGAAAAUCCUUUUGAAUAUGUCAGAAAAUCCAAUUGCAGCAAGAGACAUGAUUGACCUUGAGUCACUGUCAGCGCUGAAGGUGAUCUUUAACCAGAAAGAGGCCAAAGCCAACCUGGUUACUGCCGUGGCCAUCUUUGUUAACAUAAAGGAGCAUAUCAGAAAGGGAUCGAUUAUCGUUGUCAAUCCCUCCAGUUAUAACGAACUCAAGGCCAUGUUCCGUGAGGUUAAAACGAUUAUUGAAAAGUUGUAAAAUGUACCAGGAGUAAAAGAGAGAACGUGGAACAAGCUCCAAACUUUCAUAGGCCGAAUAUUCCCAUUGAGCCUUGUCUCCUGUGACAGUGUUAACAUCACACAUUGCCUCUUUGACGUGACGUUACUUGUGAAAACCUGUGUGUCUGGGCUUGAUUGUAUUUUGGGCAUCCUGUGAGUCUUACUUCUUGAACUACAAAUGCCUGCUGGUGUUGGUCCUGUCUAGUUUGGGUGGUUUUUAACGCUGUUAAGCUUGUGAGCCAAUCAUGUAAGUAAGCGAACUCGUUCUUCAGUGUCUUCGUAGCUCUUUGUGGAUUCAUGUGGCAAAACCAAAAAGGCUAUAGCUAAGUGCACUGUCUUGGUACUCCGAGGAAGCGAAGGGAACAACGAUUUGCCCCUGUUCCGUCUGCAUCACACGACUCAUGCUGUAACCGAGAAAGAGACCUGGAUCUCGGCCACAGUGUGGUGCUGGUUUCUUGGCUGUACGUUCUAGCACCGCACUCUUUCCUCUUCUGUCGUUCACGCUGUUUGGUGUCAAAGUCAUCUCUUCCAGAAAAGAGGCUGGAGGCGAGGAGAAAGGUAGUCUGCGGUGAAUAUAUGCGGUCUGGGCUACAGGAGGUGCCCAGACUCUGUUGAAUGAGGAAGGUGGAGCUUGGGAGUCAUCAGCAAGUGAAAUGUUGUGUCUAUCCUUCAUUUACCCCCAAGAACCGACAUCAUUGUGCACAUCGUUUGAUAGCCUAGCCUCCCCUUAAAAGGGCCAUUGUAAAAUCGGUGCCUAAUGUGUGUGCAUGUAACUAUUUACAAUAUUUCUCCUGUGUGUCCUGUGAAAGGCUGGAGGGCUCCACCUUUGACUAGGAGGAAAGCCCCUUUCUGCAUUUGUACCGGCUCAAAGUGUACCGGCACGAGUCAACUUCUUCUGAGAUCGUGGGCCCAGAAGUGGAGAACAAGAAUGUUGGGAGAGGGGCUGCUGUUCAACCCACAAGACAGUGAUUUCUGGAGGUCCGUAUGGUCCAGAAAGUAUUGCAAGGAGUUUUGGCCUAUGGCUGAGUUCUGUAAGUCUUAUGGCGGGAAGUACAGCCCAUGGUCUGAGCUAAAGGGAAAAUCUCUCUAUCUGAAAAUAUUGGGUUAUAUGCUUUACGAUUUUUACACAAUUAAGAAGGUAAAAGGAAAUCCUCCUGUAUUUCUGUCCGUACCUUGCUCUUCCCCUGGCGGUAUAUUGUGAAAACCUGUUCAUGUCAAUAAAUAGACUUCUACAGCA